CAAGCUUCAAUCAGAAGAAAAAAAAAAAAAAGGGUACGACAAGCUAUGCUGAAAAAAAUUCCCGUGUCCCGGAAACCAUUCCGUCGCCGCUCCCCUGCAGAUAACCAAGUAACAAAUAGAGGACAGAUCGAGAGCGAGAGGAAGAGGGAUGGGCGGCGGCGGGGGACAUGAAGGAGGCACGACGUACAGGGGUUACACCAUCCACCACCCCAAGCGCUGGCAUGUCCUCACCGGCAAGGGUUUGUGCGCCAUCAUGUGGUUUUGGAUUUUAUACAGGGCCAAGCAAGAUGGUCCUGUAGUUUUGGGUUGGCGUCAUCCUUGGGCGGGGCAUGAAGACCACUCUCAUGGGCAUGACCAUGGGCAUGAGGCAUCUCAUUAAAAAUCCCAAAGGUGGCUGCUGAGAAAGGUCCCCAGCUGUUGCCUGUGUGACUGCUAUGCUAGUGAAUAAGGUUGGUUUGGACAUGAAACUGUUCAUCUCGAUUUGUUAUUGCAUAAAAUUGCGGAUUGGAAAUCCAAGCCUGUUUAUAUUGUUGGAUUUAGCCCGUCUGAACUCCUCUUCAUAUGAAAUGGAUUAUCAUGUUUCCUGUGAAAACCCCAUAUUUAAUACCAUUUCUAUUUCUGAAAA